AUGACCUCCUCUUCCACGCAGGUGACCCUGAACCAGGUCCCAGAUCUUCCUAAUGAAAUCUUCCUGCUUAUCAUUCAAAGAUGCCCUCGACCGAUCUUGAAGCAACUGCGGUUGGUUUGUAAGAAUCUGGCUCAGAUGGCUGAACCCUAUCUCUGGAACAGGGUGGUUCUGGUUCCAAACGACCAUUGCAUCCUUGGCCUUUACAGAGCAUUGAGGCACUCAAAAGUCACUCGUCACAUCGUCGAGUUGACGUAUGAUGGCCGCUUUGGUUCCUUCUUCCAACGCAUCAGGGGAAUUCCGCCAGACCCAGCUCUUCCAUACCCCAUAGAGGUACAACACAAGACAGUGGCCCAGGUCGACCGCGCAUGCUCGGGCCAUUUCAAGCCCUACGAGGACCUGGCUAUUGAAGUUGCCAUCCUCUCCAGGACUUUGCGAAUCCUGCCAAACCUUCGAGCUGUCCGCGUGAGAGACUAUGAAGAUGAAGCCACUAUGGCGGCCGCCGAACGUAGCUGCAAUCCCACUGCAGCGGCCGAAGUUCCCUCGUUCUACGUCAAGAUUUGCAACCGGCUCAGAAUCGACCCGGAAACGGUCGAAUGGGGUGCUAUGGCGGGCAGUUCCGGCAGGUCAUACACAAAAGGUUUCCUGACUGCCGCUUUCUCGGCUAGCUGUCGCCUUCUAAGCUUCGAGGCAGAUAACAUAGAUGGCCGCGCUAUGUUCGGAGUGGCGCCCAAUAAAUCACCCGCCGCAUUGCAACAACUUCGCAUCUGUCGGGCUGUUACCGAGGAUCUCCUAACCCUUGAGCUCUCCUUCCGUAACGACACAUUGAUCACCGGCGCCCAUCAUCUUGAAGCAAUCCGCUCCCUUUUAGAAGGGGCCCCGAGAAUCAGAACGCUGAAGCUGCGGCUGACGGAUUGCAGUGGCAACCGUUACGAGUAUGCCGACGAUGAUUUGACCUCGGAUUUGUGCGGACUUCUGGAAACACCGGCCGGAACAUGGACGUCUGUGCCACUUCUUCCAAGGUUAGAAACGCUGAUCCUUGAUGCCUGCGUCUGCCAUGACGAGGAUCUCAUUCACUUCUUGAAGAUCCACGCCGCCACACUGCGAAGGUUGCAACUGUCGAAUGUGACGCUCCUCGGUGAUGAAGAUCGUCGGGAAUGCUGGGUCCGACUGAUCAAGCACUUGAAGAAAGAUCUAAAACUGACGUCAGUUUCUUUCAGUGGGUGGCUCAGCAACGGUGGAAGACAACAAUGGUUCGUUACAAAAGAUACCGUGGGCAUAGAUCGGUUGAAGGCUAAAGUGGAAGCCUACGUUGUUGACCGACAUAUCCGAGAAUGUCCCCUCGAGUCGAUCGCCAUCCAACCGAAUCAAGGCGACGUCGAGCAACCAGCAAACGGUGAAGAGUUCGAGGGUGAUUUGACGUGGACAAUGGUCUACUCGAAUCUCUCCGAGGAUCAAAUAGAUUGGCACCCGACCCAGCCAUCAUUUGGCAUUCAUUCAAACGAGGUAUCCCAUGCACCAUCUGAAUAUGGCAAUGCCAGUUUGCUAGAGCAAUCCAAUUCUGAUGGCUGGGUGGGGUAUAUUGGUGAGCAACUAGGCGACUCGGAACAAGACCAGCCUCUGAACGUCGAGCCGCCCCCACCUUUCGAGACAAUGGAUAUCACGGCUGUCCAUAAUGGGAGUACCUUCACUUCCCAAUUCGAACCUCACACGACAUCAACGGUCAAAGUCUACACAUUUAGCCAGCCUCCAGCGACUUGGAAGCCUUUACCGACUGCCGAAUUCUAUUCCAACCCCCCUGUCGAUUACUGA